AAAUUAAUUAAGGACUUUUGUAAACAAUUGAUUCGUGUUAAUUGCAUAUUUUUUUUACAUUUUCACAAAAUGAAGCUAGUUUUGUGUAUUUUCGCAGUGACACUCUGUGUGGCCGCAACAACCACAAAUUUUGAAUGUCCCAAGCCAAACGGUCAGUUCGCCGAUGAUCAACAGUGCGACAAAUAUUAUGUCUGCGACGAUGGUGUGGCGAAGGCCAAGCUCUGUCCUGAUGGUCUCGUCUUCGAUCCUCUCAAUCGCAAGAUCAACAAAUGCGAUCAGCCUUUCAAUGUGGACUGCGAGGAUCGCACAGAGCUGCAGGAGCCAAAAUCUACCAAAUACUGUCCACGCAAGAACGGCUUCUUCGCCCAUCCGGAUUCUGCCGUCUGCAACAUUUUCUAUAAUUGCAUCGAGGGUGAUGCGCUGGAAAUGAAGUGUACGGUCGGUCUGCAUUUCGAUGAAUAUUCCGGCACCUGUGUCUGGCCAGAUACGGCCAAGCGUGAGGGCUGCAAUCCUUUGGAUCGCAAAUCGGACAGUGGCUUCUCCUGCCCCAAGGAUCAGCCCAAGACCGAUGCGCGCGGUCAAGUUGUGACGCAUCCGAAGUACCCGCAUCCCACCGACUGCCAAAAGUUCUAUGUGUGCCUGAACGGUGAGGAUCCCCGGGAUUUGGGCUGCCAACUAGGAGAGGUGUACAACGAUUUGACUGAGAUGUGUGAUGCCCCCGAGAAUGUGCCCGGUUGCGAGGACUGGUACAAGGAUCCAGAGGAUGCCAAGAACUAAAAACCACACACACACACACACACGCAUACUGAACCACAAACACUCACAAUUCACACACACACCCACACACACGCAGGCGUGCGCCCAGAGACGCCCGUAGUAGUCACUUAACUCAGUAGUUGUUAACCUAUUCCUAUAGUGUAUACAUCCGCAAAUAUUGUGAAACAUCUACACAUUUUCUACAAAGUCAAUACUUUUUUCUUUUUCUUUUUCUCUAACGCUCUAUCGCUCUAUCUCUCUCCUUCCGCUAUUCAUUCUCCCCCUGUUUUUAUAGCUCGACUGAAACUCGCUAUACAUUCAUGGCUGCUACUCCAAUUCUUGCUCUCUCUCUCUCUCUUUCUUCUUUACUCUUUUGACUCUAUUCUUCUCGCCUUCACUCUUCACUUUUCUCACUCAAUUCUCUAUAAGUUUCUUCUAGACUAUCUCCUCUCUACGACACAAAUAUCCCGCUUUUCUGUGCAUUCAGAGAACGACGAGCUGAUUAUUUUUGUCUGUUUUUUCGAAGCCAUUUUAAGCAUUUACUUUCUCUUCCUUUCUCUGCACU